GCUGGCUCGCCGCGUCGCGGUGCGUCUGCAAGGCCUGGCGCCGCACCAUCGACGAGCGCCGCCUCCUGCGCCCUGACCUGCUCCCACUCUCAUUCGCCGGCAUCUUCAUCCAGUUCGACUCACACGCGUUCCCGGAGUUCUUCGCCCGCCCCUCUCCCUCAUCAGCCAAUACCAAGCUCGACUUCUUGCCUCCCCCCAUGUAUCCCUUUGAUGGGGUAGGCGACGGGUUUGACGAAGACUACUUUGUUCGAGACCACUGCAAUGGCCUCCUCCUGACCAGCCUGUACGUUGUCAACCCUGUCACGCGACGCUGGGAUCUUUUGCCUCCGCGCCGGCGCCCGGCCGAUCCAGAAUGGAUGACCUUUUGGUUCAAUAUAAGCAUCUAGUCUUCGAUCCCACCGUGUCACCCCACUACCAAGUGUUCAGCAUUCCCAGUUUGCGCGAGCAGAGUACCUAUAGGGACAUGGGGGUCUGCAGUACCGUCCAAUUAGACCGCUUAGUGGAGAAAUCCGAAUGGCCGCCGUCUACAUACAUCCUGGAUGUCUUCUCCUCAAUGUCGGAUCGCUGGGAGGAGAGGCCUUUUGCUAGAGAAGGUGAUGUUGCAGGGAUUGUCGAGGCACGACAAGAUCACCCCUACGGAUGGUCAUCGGCCAAACGUGGCGCUGCCUACUGGCAACAAGCACUUUAUGUGCACUGCCAGCCUAAUGCUGUCAUGAGGAUAUCUCUUUCCGAUGACAAGUACCGCGUGAUUAAACUACCAACCGACAAGGAAACCAUGGCUUAUCUAGGAAGAUCAAAAAAAAGGCGUGUACUAUGCAUCGUUCGUUAAGGAUCUCUUUCGAGUUUGGAUCCUGGAUGAAUCAUAUGGUCAGAUGAAGUGGAUGAUGAAGGGUGAAUAUGACCUUAAGUGCGUGCGAGCGUCAGAUCAGCGUGUUCAUGGUCCAUGGGUCUUACAAGACAUUAACUAUGAAUUCUUCCGUUCUCAACUUCCAGAAGUCAAGAAGAAAGCAAUAGUCCAAGAAAAAACUGACUGGGACUCCGACAAUGACGGUGCAGACAACAUCGUAGACAUGGCUGAAGAGCGUCGUCAUGGAUGUGAUGUACUUGGAUUUCACCCAUUCAAAGAGAUUACACGCCUACCAUUUGAAUAGCUCGAGGGUUGAAUGCUUAGGCAACAUGCGCCCAGCCUGUUAUAAUCUUUUUGAAGGCUUCAGAUCUACCGAACAAAAUUAUGAAUAUUUUCCGUACACGCCAUGUUGGGUAGGCGAGUUCCAUAGCAACAACAAAUGUAAUUUAUAACGGCAGUCAUC